UCAUUGUUGAAUAAUCACUUAAACACAGGACAACACACACCUAGGGCCCGUCGCCGUACUUGGCGUGCUGGCUGUCGACCUCGGCGAUGUAGGCCGCGAUGGCGUCCGGCUUGGACAUGCCCUUGCGGCUCGCCCACGCGUCCCACUUCGCUCUAGCUGUGACUUGCAUGGCCCAGGGUUGGGGGGUCGUGUUGUCGCCGACCGUCACCUGCUUGAAGAGGCCGUAGCACGCGAGCUUCUCGGCAUUCGUGACCUUGCUGCCGCCGUAGGUCCAGCUUUUGACGAACGCGACCUUCGCGUCGAAGUCGCUUUGCGUGGACAUUUUUUAGAGUGCUAGUUAUGAGACAGUGCUUGAUGACUGAUGCUGCAGCGGUCGAUGGCACGGCGUCUCUGGAUUGCGUGCGCGCGUCGGCAGUGUGUGGAUGAAACCGCAGCAGUACUGUGGCGGCUAGAGUUUUGCACUGCAGACGACAGAACUGCGUCGGUCGUGCCUGCAAGCUGUUAGCUAUUGACGAGGCUGUGCGCGCGUCGCGUCGGCGUGACAAAUGCGCGGUAGCGGCCGACAAAGCAAAAAUUAUCCCGGCGUGAGCU